AAUGAAGAAGGCAGGUGUUUUGUGAGUUGCUCUUCUCUUUCAAGUUUCACCACAAACAAAUACUAGAAUGGAAGGAGGAAAGGAAUUCAUUUUCAGGUCCAAGCUUCCCGAUAUCUACAUCCCCCACCACCUUCCCCUCCAUUCCUACUGCUUCCACAAUUUGACCCACUACGCUCAACACCCAUGCUUGAUCAAUGCCCCCACCGGAGCCGUCUACACCUACUCCGAGGUGGACGCCACCGCCCGGAAGGUGGCCAACGGCUUCAACAAAUUGGGAGUGCAACAAGGAGAGGUGGUCAUGAUCCUGCUCCCCAAUUGCCCCGAAUUCGUGUUCGCUUUCCUGGGAGCGUCUCACCGCGGCGCCAUGGCCACGGCGGCCAACCCCUUCUUCACCGCGGCGGAGAUAGCGAAGCAGGCCUCCGCCUCCAAAGCAAAGGUGGUGAUAACGCAGGCCUCCUACUACGACAAGGUGAAGGAUUUGGACGUGAAGGUGGUGUUUGUGGACGCUGUCCCUGAGGGUGAGGGUGAGGGUCUCCUUCACUUCUCACAGCUGUGUGAGGAUAGCGAGGAGGUGGAUGUAAGAAUCAAAGGCGAUGACGUGGUGGCGCUGCCGUAUUCGUCGGGGACAACGGGGCUGCCGAAGGGAGUGAUGCUGACGCACAAGGGGCUGGUGAGCAGCAUUGCGCAGCAGGUGGACGGGGAGAACCCGAACCUUUACUACGACUGCGAUGACACCAUCCUCUGCGUCCUUCCCCUCUUCCACAUCUACUCUCUCAACUCUGUUUUGCUGUGUGGGUUGCGUGCUAAGGCCACCAUUCUCCUCGUGCCUAAGUUCGAAAUCAACUCCCUUCUCUCUCUCAUUCACAAACACAGAGUCAGCGUGGCCCCUGUCGUCCCUCCCAUCGUUCUCGCCAUUGCCAAGUCUCCCAACCUCAACAACUACGACCUUUCCUCCAUUCGGCUCCUCAAGUCUGGGGGUGCUCCUCUCGGUAAAGAACUCCAAGACACUCUCCGAGCCAAAUUCCCCAACGCCAGCCUCGGCCAGGGUUACGGAAUGACCGAGGCAGGCCCUGUCCUAUCCAUGUCCUUAGCUUUUGCUAAACAACCCUUCCAUGUUAAACCAGGAGCAUGCGGAACCGUUGUCAGAAAUGCAGAGAUGAAGAUUGUCGAUCCUGAAACCGCUCACUCUUUACCUACAAACCACCCCGGUGAAAUUUGCAUUAGGGGCCACCAGAUUAUGAAAGGUUAUCUAAACGAUGGUGAGGCGACGGAGAGAACCAUAGACAAAGACGGAUGGUUGCACACCGGCGACAUCGGUUACAUCGACGACGAUGAUGAGUUAUUCAUCGUUGAUAGGCUUAAGGAAUUGAUCAAAUACAAAGGAUUUCAUGCUGAACUUGAAGCCCUUCUUCUCACUCAUCCUAAGAUUUCUGAUGCUGCCGUCGUUCCAAUGAAGGAUGAAGCAGCAGGAGAGGUACCCGUUGCAUUUGUUGUCACCUCAAAUGGUUAUACCGACACGACCGAAGAUGAAAUUAAGCUCUUCAUCUCCAAACAGGUGGUGUUUUACAAAAGAAUAAAUCGAGUAUUCUUCAUUGAUGCAAUUCCCAAGUCACCGUCAGGCAAAAUCUUGCGUAAGGAUCUAAGAGCAAAGCUAGCAGUAGCAGAUGUUCCCAAUCCCAAGUGAAAACGAAAGCCAUUGUAUGCAUUAUGCUUGAGGAUUAUGUUAUUAAACCAUAUAUGCUUCCUAACAGGAACAAGCUUGAGGAUUCAUACCUUUUACAUGUAUAAGUUACGAGUGUGAUUUUCUCCAACAACUACUAUCUUCUGUAUAAAUUGAAUCUGUCAAGGACUUUCACCUUCUAUAAUAUCCAAAUUUUAUUUUUU